AUGAUCCUUCGGCGCAGGGCCGCUGGUGGUGAUACGUGCACCUCUGCUGGCAGAGUAACCGCCCAUCUCCUCUUAUCGUUCCUCGCCUUCUCACCAACAUCCGUCCACGCCGCCAGCCAGCCUAGAGCAGACGACCAAGCAGUCCUACGACUACAUCCUGACUACUUCAACCCUGCCCCUGAGCCCCCAGCUCCUGCAGUUCACACCUUUACUCUCAGGCAUGACACAUGGCUGGCUGCCGAGGAUGACCAUCCCGAGUUACGGCUGCCGCCAUUACGAGCACGCAGCGACGCCACGAGAAUACAAAGGCUCGUCGAUAGGCGUCCGAGUGUCGUUGAUCCCAUGGUUGCCCUAUCAAGGCAACACGGCUACGUCUCAGUCUUAUCGCCGGAUGCCUGGACUCUCGAUGACAUUCCCGGCCCCAACAUCACCGAUAGGGACACCAUCGUCAGCCUCGCCUAUAUGGCCGCAAACGCAUAUGUUGAAACCCCAGAUAAUGCAGAAUGGUCGGAGGUUGGCGACCCGUUCAACAGGUCGGCCGACUUUGGGUGGGAGACUGACGGGCUUCGGGGACACAUCUUCGCCGACGACACAAACUCGACCGUCGUCAUCGGGCUGAAAGGCACAUCGAUGGCUAUAUUUGACGGGGAGGGCACCACCACCAACGACAAGGUCAACGACAAUUUGUUCUUCAGUUGUUGCUGCGCUCAGCAAGGGCCCUGGCUGUGGCAUCAGGUUUGCGACUGCGCGACGGGUACAUACUCGUGCAACAACACCUGUGUGGUGCAGGCACUGAGGAACGAGAGCAGGUACUACAUGGCCGCGAGGGAAUUGUAUUCAAAUGUCACCGAGCUCUACCCCAACUCCAACAUCUGGAUGACCGGUCAUUCCUUGGGAGGUGCUGUUAGUGCCAUGCUCGGCCUCACAUAUGGCCUGCCUGUGGUCACGUUCGAAGCCGUCCCUGACGCCCUGCCGGUCUCCCGGCUCGGCCUCCCGGUCCCACCCGGUGUCGACCCAAAUAGCCCUCAAACACGAGAGUACACCGGCGCUUACCACUUCGGCCACACCGCAGACCCGGUCUACAUCGGGACAUGCAACGGCGCGACGGCGUCAUGCUCCUACGGUGGAUACGCCUUGGAAUCGGCAUGUCACACCGGCCGCGAGUGCGUCUACGACGUCGUGGCCGAUAAGGGUUGGCGCGUUGGAAUCGGCACCCAUAAGAUACGGUCCGUCAUCAACGAUGUCAUACUCAAGUACGAUGAGGUUCCCGAAUGCAAGUUCACACCUGAGUGUCACUACGACAACCUCGAGCUCUUCGUCCACCACCAAGACCAGGACGAGGACGGAGACCUGCAAAACACCUGGUUGGUGGGGUUGCUUGGACGAGACCACGACCGGGACGACCACAACCACGACCACCACGAGCACAUCUACUUCGACCUGUAA